AUGUCCGACGCUCCCGCUUCGUCGACGGCGUGGUGGCGUCGUCGCGAGCUCCUCGCGACGCGCACGACGACGACGACGACGACGACGGCGACGACGACGACGACGGCAGAGGAGGAGCGGCUCGCGAAUGAUGCGAAAGCGCGAGUUCAAAGCGGCGUUCUGGCGACGUUCGCGACGUGGUUCGAUCAUCGAGGCGGAAAAAUACACGAAAGGGUGCGCAUGACGUACAGACCGAAUUUCGGUUGGUCGCUCGAGGCGGACGGUGACAUCGCCGACGGCGAGAGGCUCGUCUCUCUGCCGCCGAAACUCAUGUUGCGGUGCGACUCCGACGACGUCAGCGAGCCGCUGAAGAACGUCGUCGAUCGAGUGCCGAACGAAUUUUGGAGCUCGAAAGUAGGCUUGGUGCUGCUUCGCGAGCGCGUGGCCGGCGCCCACUCGGCGUUUGCACCAUAUAUCACGCUCCUUCCUGCGGUACACGAAGGCUCGCCCACGUUUUUCCCGCCGGACGCCGUUCGAGCGCUGGAAUACGCUCCGAUCGUACAGCAAAUCAAUAAGCGUGCGCGAUUCCUCGGUACUUUCGCUGGAAACGCUCUAACGGUGGAUGAUGGCGAGAGUUACGUCGACGAAGCUCACCCUGGGCGACAGCGCGUGGAGAUGACGAUUGACGCGAACGCGCUCGGAUGGGCCACUGCUUGCGCGAGCAGCAGGGCGUUCAAGGUUGGUGCGAACUCGGCUCCGGCGAUGCUUCCGGUCAUAGAUAUCUGCAACCACUCGUUCAAUCCAUCCGUCAGUGUGCGGGCUAUCGAAGAAGGCGACAACGCCGGUGGCGUCGAGUUGAUUGCUCGACGCGCGUUGACGUCCGGCGAGCCCAUAGAGUUGAGCUACGGGAACUUGUCCAACGACGAGCUAUUGCUCGAUUACGGAUUCAUAGUCAAAGACAAUCCGUUCGACUGCGUGAAACUCAGGUGGGACUUAAAGCUCAUCGAGCUCGCUCGCGAAAUCGGAGGCUUAGCCGCAGCACCGAUCGACACCGUCGCGAAGGUGGCGCCUUGGCAAGCGACGGCGCUUGAGAGAAUUGGAUUAGUCGGAGAUGACCCGAACGUUGAGUUAAGCGUGUUCGGCGCGGGUCAAGUGAUGGAUAAAAAGGCGCUCGCGGGCCUACGCGUGUUAUAUUCGAAAUCAUCGGCGGAGGCUUCGCGCGCGGCGGACGCGCCGUUCGGCGAGAUUGACGCAGACGUGGUUUCGAAGGAUACGGAAAUCAAAGCUCUGCGCACGUGCAUGUCUCUUUUGGCUUUGGCGCUCGGCAACUUCUCGACGACGCUCGAGAAGGACGAAGAGUUACACGACGCCGCGACGUCUCCGCAAGUGAGGUUAGCCAUCGCUUUUCGCAUGGAGAAGAAAAAAGUGCUGGCGAAGAGUAUGGCACGCUUAAACGAAUCGAUCGAGCGUCUGCAGAGAGACGAGUAG